AUGGAUAGAGAGGAGCUGGUGCAGAAGGCCAACCUGGCUGAGCAGGCUGAGUGGUAUGAUGACAUGGCAGCCUGCAUGAAGUCUGUAACUGAGCAAGGAACCAAAUUAUCCAAUGAGAAGAGGAAUCUUCUCUCCGUUGCUUAUAUAAAUGUUGUAGGAGCCCAUAGAUCAUCUUGGAGGGUCAUCCCGAGUAUUGAGCAAAAGACAGAAGGUGCUGAGGAAAAACAGCAGAUAGCUCAGGAAGACAGAGAGAAGACUGAGAUGGAGCUGAGAGGUAUCUGCAAUGAUAUCCUGUCUCUCGUGGAGAAGUGCUUGAUCCCCAGAGCUUCACAAGCAGAGAGCACAGUCUUCCAUUUGAAAAUGAAAGGGGAAAACUACCGUUACUUGGCUGAGGUUGCUCCUGGGGAUGAUAGGAAGGGGCUUGUGGAUUGGUCACAAGCACACCAAAAAACUCUUGAAAUCAGAAAAAAAAUGCAGCCAACACAUCCUAUCAGAUUGGGUCUGUCCCUUAACUUCUCUGUGUUCUAUUAUGAGAUUCUGAACUCACCAGAGAAAGCCUGCUCUCUUGCAAAGAUAGCUUUUGAUGAAGCCAUUGCUGAACUUGAUACAUUAAGUAAAGAGUCAUACAGAGACACCACGCUAAUAAUGCAAUUACUGAGACACAACUUCACAUUGUGGACAUCGAAUACCCAAGGAGAUGAAGCUGAAGCAGAAGAAGGAGGAGAAUAUUAA